UUAUGAAAUUGUUAUUAAUUCCUUUUAAAUUUACUUUUUGUGUGCAGUGAAUUAAUACUAAGCAGCUAUGACAACUGUAUUAUCAGCGUCAGGAGAAUGGUUGCUUCCUACAUCUGAUAUACCAACGUCAUGUCCAGUGGAAACAACAAAGGCAAAGCAAGUUUGCGAAGGAAAAAUAUGUUACGAGUGCAGUCGCUCAUUUAGAUCUUGUGAAUGUAAAUCCUGCUUAAAAUGUGGAACCUUAUUCAUGAAAUAUUUUGGCACUAAUGCGAUGAAGGGAAGGUCACACUGCAGGGUUUGCAGAUCACCAGUUUGCAUCACCUGCAUUGUGCUAAUCAAAGGCUUGGAGAAAGUCUGUACUAGAUGCCAUUUAAAGCAAAAAGAAGAAGAAAUAAGCACUGAAAAAGCCUUAUCUGCUAUUGAUACAGCUAAAUUUGGAGUUUCGUCAACAAAUGCAAGCCUUUCAAAACUAAAAACAAUGGAACAAAAAGUUUUGGCUCUAUUUGAGGCUGCAAAAAAAGGUCAUGAUCACAUUGUUGUAACGUUAACAAACCUUGGAUGUGAUGUUAAUAGCACAGAUUCUAAUAAAAAUACACCCCUGUUUUAUGCUGCUGAAGGUGGUCACCUGCAAUGUGUGGCUUUGCUUCUUGAAAAAGGAGCAAAUGUUCAUAUCACCAACAAUGUAUGUGAUUUUAUUACAGUUGGUUGGACUCCAUUGCAUGCUGUUGCAUGGAAAGGUACCACUGAAAGUCAUGUCGAAUGUACUGAGCUUCUUCUUGAGAUGGGUGUAGAUUUGCUGGCAACCAGUAACAUUGGCGAGACUGCAGCUGAUGUUGCAGAACGAUGUAAUGGUGAACAUCAAAACCUGGAAAUACUUCGCUCAGCUGAAGUUGAAAUUGGUUUAGAAGAGCUUCAGCAGAAAGCAUCAGCUUUUAUAGCAAAUGGUUCCAGUCCCAAAGAAAAACGAUUUGGAAAGUUGAUCUUAUCACUGUUAAAAUUCGUUAGCAGUAGAAACGAAUCAAAAACAACCAAUAAAAAGAGAGCGUUUAAUUUAGUACUACCUAUGGACUCACUACCACAUACGAAUUCUUUGGAUAGGAGUACGUUAAACAAACAUAUUUGUCAAAAAUGCGGAGGGCCAGCAAACAUUUCUCCAAAAGAAUCACCUCUGUUUAAACAAAAGAAUAACAAACCCACAGCAGACGUGGAACCCAUCAUAAGAACACCCACCCCUACUAAAGACGAAAAUUUUAAAGACACGAUUCGUCGUACAGAAUUGGAAGAGAAGUUAAACAAAUUGUCCAAAGAAAAACAAGACUGGGAGGAGCGCUGUCGAAAGUUGAUGACGUCAAUAGCAAUAACAAAUAAGGAUUAUCAAAAACAAGUGGAAGAUCUUCAAGAAAAAUUGAUACAGUUACAACAGGAACGUGUUGCAGAUCUAACGAAGUGUGAAGCAACUUAUGCGAACAAGUUAAGUAAAAUAAAACAAGAAACAGAAUUGUCUUUAACAGAGAUGGACGAACGAUUACAAGAUUCGGAAAAAGAACGCCAAGAUCUUCUUCAUCUUCAGAAGAAUUUCAAACUAAGUUGGAUUCCAGAUCAGUUGAUUAAUGAAUGCCAACAGACGAAAUGUCGAGCUCCUUUUUCCAAGACUAAUCGAAAACAUCAUUGUCGUUGUUGUGGUCGAGUGUUCUGUUCGAAAUGUUCGCAACACAAAGUGAAUCUUUCGGUGCUUGAUUACACGAAACCAGUUCGCGUUUGUAUCACGUGUUUUGCAUUGGUCGAUGACAUGGUUUCCACUGGCAGCUAGCAUAAAAUUUUUAUAAUUUAGGAUCUCUUUUCACAAAAUAUUUCAAAGUUUAUUCUAUUUAAAUUUUUUUAUUGGGCGCCGAUACUACUAUUAUUUAAGAUUUUAAGUUCUUGCGAUCUUGUCAUUUGUUUAUGCUAAUUUUCGAUUUAAUUUUACAAUCGAAUUUAGUUGAGCAGAGGUUUUAAUUACAUUCUGCACACUUAAUGAGUUGACGCAUGCGCAACGAGAUUAAGAGCACUUGAAAAGUUGGCGGGUGUUACAACAAAAGGAAAUUUACAUGUGUUAGGGGGAAAUGUGAUAAAUUGCGGAAUUAUGCAUGUUAACAAAAACCCUAAAAAUAUGCAUAAUUUCCUACUGAUCAUAUCCCCCGUAUCAUAUGCUAUCAUCUGGAGAUAGUACUGAAUUUUGGUUUUUCGAUUCCUGACAAACAUUCUUCAAGAAAGAAUGGAUGGGGUAUAACAUCAAAUUUGCAAGAGUACCUAGAAAAUGCAAAAUGUAUUCGUGUUGCGAUCCUGGAUUAAAAAAGAGAUUCCAAUUGCUCCAAUACUAAAACUCAAUAUGCUAAAUCGAAGGGUUUUUUUCUUUUUUUUGCUAACCUGUCAACAAACGAUCAAAGAGUUACCAUAAAAACUCAUGUAGCUAUAUAAAAAUAAAAUAAAAACUUGUGUAAUAGCAAUAUUGGCGCCCCAUAAAUUGUAUUAUUCUUUUAUAGUUUGUAGAUAUCUUUUUUUAGUAAAAUACUUUUCUCUUCCUUUGAA